AUGGCGCCCACCAGCGGAUCGCUCCAAAAAAUAUGCUGCCGUCAAACCGGGGCGGCGCUCUGGGCCCUGGCCCUGCUCCUCUUGGUGCGCCCGCUGCCCGCGCUGGCCGAAUCCACAGCCUUCCUGCUCCACGGGAAGAAGUACAACUGCAUGGGCCAGCCGUACACGGUGAGUGUCGCGCUGUUGGCCUCCGGGCGCGCGACGACUGCCGCCACGCCGCGCUGCCAAUCCGCAAAGACGUCGCAGGCUCGCGCGCCGGGGGGCUGGGCAGAGAAGGACAGGGAGCUGGUGCGGGUGAGGAACAACGACAGCAGGGAUCCGUGCCUGAUGGAGGGAUCGCCAUUUGUGGAGGAGGACCUCGAGGUGGACAGAAUUGCUGGGAAGAUCGUUGUCGCCCAACUGUCCAAAUGUACUGAUGAUGGGGAUGGAUUCAACCCCGUAUCCCUGAGGUUCAAGAUGUAUGAGGAGGACUGCAAGCGGCGGCUGCGCCUCCUCAGCGAGUACAAGCCUGCAGGAGUGGUGUUGGGGGAGGCACACCCAGGGAAGCAGCCAGAAUGGCACUGGUGGCCUUGGGAGCUGGAGAUGCUUAUUCAAACCGAGGUGCAGUUUUGUUCAUUCCAGAAUGACACAUCCCAUUUGAGAUUCAGGGCAGUGUUCUGUCCCAAUACAACAGAUUCAGUCCUUCAGCUGCAUUGCCAGGAACCAUUCUGCCCUUUUCCUGCGGUGGUGAUCUCCACAACGUUCACACUUCAUCCAUCGCCUGAAUGGGGCUGCCCUGUUGUGCAGCUGCGAGCACCCUGUUGA